ACAAUAAUUGGCAGGUUUGUAAAUGUAGUGAUUUGCAGUGGUCUCAACCUUGCUCUCAGCACAUUGGCUGCAGUUGUGCACUUUCAAUCCGAUCGCUCAGUCUCAUUAGUUCAUCUAAAUACUACUUCGUCGGAGUGCUACUUUCCCAUUCCAAAUGCCGAUUUUUAACUUUUCGAUUAACACAUUCGAUCAGUUUAGGCCAUUGAUUUUCUAUUCGAACACGGACACAAAUAUUAUUGGGAUUUAUAAAAAUAGUGAUCAGUGAUUUGCAACGUCAGCAGCAAUGAGUGCACAAAGGAAUCCAAAAUUGGUUCAGGCAAUGAAGGAGAAAAGUAAAAAUGCGGCUCGCACACGACGCGAAAAAGAGAAUGCGGAGUUCGGUGAGUUGGGAAAAUUGCUGCCACUGCCGAUCGUAAUAACACAACAAUUAGAUAAAGCAUCGGUAAUUCGGCUGACAACGUCCUACCUUAAAAUGCGUCAAGUUUUCCCCGAUGGUCUUGGCGAAGCAUGGGGUUCGAAAGAGAUGCCAACAAAUACUCGAGUGCCUACAAUCAAAGAACUUGGCUCAAAUCUGCUACAAACGCUGGAUGGUUUCAUAUUUGUCGUUGCGCCAGACGGUAAAAUUAUGUACAUCUCGGAAACAGCAUCAACACAUCUCGGUUUGAGCCAAGUCGAACUCACCGGAAAUUCCAUUUACGACUACAUUCACGCUUAUGAUCAAGAUGAAAUGGCACGUGUUUUAUCAUUGCAUCCAAAUGGCUAUCCACCGAGUGCCUUUGAUCCAAACGAAUCCAAAAGUACAAACACCACAUUCAGCCCAGCUACAUUGAACAACAGCCAAGGCUCACCGAAUCAAAUGAACACAAAUUUCCAACAUCAUCCACACCAUCAUUACUCACACAUUACGCAACAUCAACACCAACAGCAGCUUAUACCAUCGCAAACCGUGGAAAUUGAACGAACAUUUUUCUUGCGCAUGAAAUGUGUUCUCGCCAAACGAAAUGCUGGCCUAACCACACAAGGAUACAAGGUGAUCCACUGUGCUGGUUAUUUAAAAGCGAGAGUAUUUCAAAUGGACAAUGGCUAUGGCGAUGGUCAUAAUUGUGUACAGAAUUUAGGAUUGGUUGCCGUCGGUCAUUCGUUGCCAUCGUCGUCAAUCACGGAAAUCAAACUGAAUCUGAAUAUGUUUAUGUUUCGUGCGAGCAUGGAGCUGAAAUUGAUAUUUUUAGAUGAUCGUGUGUCGCAGUACACCGAAUUCAGCCCACAGGAGUUGAUCGAAAAAACGUUGUAUCAGUAUAUCCACGCAGCCGACGUUCAACACAUACGAGAUUCCCAUUUGAUACUGAUGUACAAAGGCCAAGUCACCACCAGAUACUAUCGCUUCUUAACGAAAUCCGGCGGCUACAUUUGGAUGCAAUCGUAUGCGACAGUCGUACAAAACUCACGAUCCUCAAGGCCACUCUGUAUAGUUAGUGUUAACUAUGUUUUAAGUAAAAAAGAAGUAAAGGAUCUUGUUUUGAGUGACGUUCAAAUGAAUACGAAGCCAAAUUGUGUGGAGGCAUUGGGGUCAACAAGUACCAGUCAAACAGCCAUUCCAUCGCCACCAUCAUCGGCAAUUGCGCCACUAUCUCAUGACACACUCCCGAAUCACCAACACCAUCAUCAUGCCCGAUCAGCUUCAGUGCCAACAGCUCAGCAUCACAUGCAGCCAACCCAUUUCCAGCACAUUGAACCGCAGGUACAGUCAACGGUGCCGCAUCUGUCACAUCGACAAGAACUUCCGGUGCAUUCGAGCAAAAUGGAAAAUCAAACCAUGCAAAUCUCUGGCAAUUAUUCAACUUCAAUGGACCAUUUCGAGCAACAAUCAUACGGCAGUCAAUAUAAUUCGCCCAGUGUUAUUCAUCCGACGAUAAAUAAUCAGACGAACGUUGAGUACAACGAUCCAAAUUACUACAACGGUUUUUAUUAUGACGAUCAAAUGAAUAGACCGUUUUCAGCAAGCUCGAAUAGUUGCAGCAGUAGUAAUUCAGAUGCAGACUCACAAAUGACAUCGCAUCAUCAUCAUUCACAUCAUAAUUUGCAUCAUAACAACAAUCAGGAUCAUUCACAGCAGCAGCAGCAGCAACAUCAACAUCGCCACUCAAUUCAUCAUCAUAAUAGUCAAGUGCUACUUUCCACCAACACCCAGAACAGUAGCUCUCAUUUGGAUUCCGCUAAUUUAUCACCACCUGAAUACGUUGACUGCAUAGAUCAACGUACACAUCAUUCGUUCGAAGUAAACUGCUUCGGGGGCAUCGGAGACGUUGUUCCUCAUUUGCCAGACGAUCUGCACUCGAAUUACAUGCAAAACAGCCACAGCACCGGAGUCAACAGUUCGAAUAGUAUUCUGCUCAAUGGGAAUGCAAGUUCGGGUGGCUCGGUUCUGUUUAAUGGCAACAAUCUAUCCGGAACACAAGCCAUCACCGAUUCAAUUCAAUAUACCAGUGUUAUUGUGGACACAAAUAAUUAUCACAUGUCCAACGAUCAAUAUGUUCAUUAGUUUUUCUUUUCGUCAUUGUAUUAGAAACGAUUUAGUCAUUUGAUUUUUUUUCCCUUCGAAAGAAAAAAAAACAGCAACAACAACAACAACAAUUUAUCGAAUUAUUUUAAGUAACUAUGUGAAAAUCCAAAUCAAUUUUGUAUUCAAUCGACGAUGAAAGUUGAACGAUUUCUUUAUUGCUUGUCUUUUCAGAGAAAUGACUCAAACUUUCUUAUUGCCGCUCAUUCAUUUAAUCCUCGAUUUAGAGCUCUAAUUUGGAGAAAAAAAAACGAAGCAGAAAAAAAAACCAGAAAAGAUCAACCAUCGUAGUUUUUAAUGUUUAAGUUAGGAUUACGAACAAAUCAAAAUUAUUUUAACAAAACGAGAGGCACACACACACACACUCUCACUUAUGGCAAAACAUGUAAAUUUUCAAUGUAUAUGUAUAAUAGGAUUAAUCUGACUCUGGAAGUAAGAUAAAUAAUUCAUAUGAAUUUUUAACAAGCAA